AUGCAUCCCACCUACAUUCUAUCGGUUCUUGCCCUCGUGCUUCCUGUCUACUCGUCUAGUUCGACCGCUAGAAUGGGCUGCUACUCCGACGUAGGAAAUAUGAAGAACCAAGGUCCCUACACCUACCAGUCACCAGGAUACUGCCGGAAUAAAUGCUCCGCGCAAGGACAUACGGUCGCUGCUCUCAGCCGCGGCAACAUGUGCUAUUGCGGCGACAAGCUGCCUUCGGAAUCUGCCAAGAUUGACGACGACAAAUGCGACACGGUCUGCUUGGGAUACCCCGCAGAAACCUGUGGCGGCCAAGAUACGUUCAAUGUCAUUCAAGCGACUGAAAAUGUCGGCGCCUCUGAUUCCGGUUCCGAUUCCGACAAUGCCUCCACCACUGCUGCACCAACUGCUGCCACCGCGGCUGGUGGAAUCAUUGUCGCACCCUCAACGACUGGUGUACAAACCGGAAUUGUCACCGCCGCCUCAGCCAUCAACUCUAAGAGCGCCAGUGUCGCCUCAUCCAAGACUGCAGGCUCCGCUUCUGCCGCUGUUACUUCAUCCGCCACCCCCACCCCCACAAGUAACGCAGCCGGCACAUUUCGUGCUGGAUCAUCCUUAAUCGGUGCUGCCGUUGCAGGCAUGGGCUUGCUUCUGUAA